AUGGGUCCCGGUAACAUCAUAUGCUCACAUCCUAUCUACGGCAAAGCAACGCGUGGCUUAUGCUGCUGUGCGCGCUCUCGUCAGAUCUGCGACGCAGGCAUGCGGAUCCUCGCCGUCGACCCUUUGCGACCGGGGUCAGACCACAACGCCCACGUCUGGAGAACUACGUGGUUGCGUCGUCAGUUCCUGGAGGGGCAUAUUGCCAAGGCCGGCGAACACCUCCUCGGUGACAGCGGCUACCCCCUGGAACCAUGGCUCCUGACCCCAGUCACAGGCCACCCUCCCAUACACACUGCAGAAGGCAGGUACAACACUGCACAUGCUGCCAUGCGGUCCGUAGUGGAGCGGUGCAUUGGGCUUUUGAAGAGCCGCUUCCGCUGCCUUCAGCGGUACCGCGCCCUCCACUACGAGCCAGACCGCGCUGCCAACAUCGUUGCAGCAUGUGCAGUGUUGCACAACUUGUGUCUUGAUGAAGGUGACGUGUUGUUGGGUGAUGUUAGUGAUGACAGCAGCAACAGCAGCAGUGACAAUGAAAGUGGCAACCCCUCCCCACAGAGAGUUCCCCGAGUGAGGGCAUCACGCAUGAUGUACCUGAGAGGCUGUGCUGCCCGGGAUAACGUUAUUAGCUCAUUUGGCACGACACGGCAGCAGCACCAGCACUACCUGAAAAGGGUGCGAAGGCGGCUGCGUCGACAGCAGCACCGACAGCAGCAAUAA